UUUAAAAAGAUAGAUAAGAUACCGAUAAGAUAAGAUACUUUCGGUAUUUUUUGUGUAUCUGUAUCUUCCCCAAAAAAUUUCAUGAAAUAUCUUAUCUUAUCGGUAUCUUUGAUAAAUUUUGCUCAAAGAUACCGAUAAGAUACAGAUACUUGCAUUUUAUCUUAUCUAUUGAAUUUAUCAGAUAAGAUAAGAUAAGUUACUAAACAAGUGCGGAUUUUUGUUUUUUUUGGCGCCACUUGUGGCUCACAAAAUAUGUUGUUUAGCAUAACCUCAUUCACACUUUGUCACUUUCACAGCAGUCGAAAAUUUACUCUUUUUUUUGUUCUUUUUCAAAAGUCAUAGUUUCACAAUUCACACGUGUUUCGUGUUAAGUAAGUCGUGGUUAAUCGUAGGUUACACACUCAUUAUUUUUCAAAAAGAAUUUCACUGUGACUGACUAUUACAAACAAUGAAGUAGAGUGUUGGAGACCUGGAGUACACUUUUCAUGGCUCCCCCUUUUAAGAUGCCUCAUGCCAGUGUUUCCUAUCUUUUUAAAAAGAUAGAUAAGAUACCGAUAAGAUAAGAUACUUUCGGUAUUUUUUGUGUAUCUGUAUCUUCCCCAAAAAAUUUCAUGAAAUAUCUUAUCUUAUCGGUAUCUUUGAUAAAUUUUGCUCAAAGAUACCGAUAAGAUACAGAUACUUGCAUUUUAUCUUAUCUAUUGAAUUUAUCAGAUAAGAUAAGAUAAGUUACUAAACAAGUGCGGAUUUUUGUUUUUUUUGGCGCCACUUGUGGCUCACAAAAUAUGUUGUUUAGCAUAACCUCAUUCACACUUUGUCACUUUCACAGCAGUCGAAAAUUUACUCUUUUUUUGUUCUUUUUCAAAAGUCAUAGUUUCACAAUUCACACGUGUUUCGUGUUAAGUAAGUCGUGGUUAAUCGUAGGUUACACACUCAUUAUUUUUCAAAAAGAAUUUCACUGUGACUGACUAUUACAAAUGUUGUAUGUAUUAUCUAGACAAUGAAGUAGAGUGUUGGAGACCUGGAGUACACUUUUCAUGGCUCCCCCUUUUAAGAUGCCUCAUGCAAAGAAAAGUGCCCCGAAGUCUCGAAGUCGAGGUCGGGGUUCUGUGUCAAACCCGAGAGGUAGAUCUGCAGCUGGAGCUAGUGCACAAAAUCAACUGGACAGAAUCGUUAAUGCCUUGCCCAUUUCUCAACUACAUCAAAAUCAGCUCACUGAAGAAGAAGAAGAGAACGCAGAGAGAGAUCAAUCACAAGAUGACAGUAAUGCUGCCAAUAAUAACACAGAUGAAUCUACGAUGGAACAGACCAUCAGUUCUGAUGUUCAGGAGGAACCACCAGGCCAGCCAAUUUCAUCUUUCGUGAUAUCAAACUGGGUUCCUGCGUGGAGACGCAAAUUUUUCUAUGAUUGGCGACAGGAUUCGUCAACUGGCAAAAUAUAUGCGAAAUGCGAACUUUGCAAAAGCUGUCAUACCAAUCGCCACCUUACAGGAAAUCUGUCUUCGUUUACCAACUUCACUAAACAUCUAAAAGGUGUCCAUUUAGAAGAAUGGAAAGCUUACGAAGACCAGCAGUCGAAAAAGAAAGGCGACCCUAGACAGCAAUCCAUCAAGGAGUAUGGCACGGGUAAAUCAAUUCAUAAGUCCAGGCAGCAGCAACUCGACAUACAGUUAACGUAUUCCAUGGCCGAGGACAACAUUCCCCUCAACAUUCUGAAAAGACCUCGAUUCAAGGAAUGGAUUCAGAACGGCAUGGUAGGAUACCAGCUUCCUUCUAUGGAAAAGAUGCGAAAUUCUAUGUUGCCUAAGAUUGCUGCCGCUACUAAAGAAAAGGCCCUUCAGUUGCUGAAGACAUGUACUUCAUUCAAUAUUAUUCUUGACAUUUGGUCAUCUAAACAAAUGAUGGGAUACAUCGGCUUCAAGUGCCAAGCAGUGACACAGGACUACGAGCUCGUUCAUGUAUUUUUAGCCAUGAAGCACAUGACUGGCAGACACACAGCAGCUAACGUAUUCGCUGAAUAUGAGCAAACAAUCGCAGAUUGGAAUAUUCCUGUUCAAUGUAUUAGCCAAGUUAAGACAGAUGGUGGUUCUAACAUGGUCGCAAACACGUUUCAUAUAGCUAUUCCUGGCUGGGACGAUUCAAGAGAUGGGAGUUCUGAUAAUGAAUCUACUGACUGCUUUCAAGAAGAACCAUUUCCGUCAGCCUCAGCAGCUGAAAGUGCUGCAGAAGAAGAACAAAUGGUUGAGAUCGACAUAUCAUCUGGUGAACAAGAAGAUGCUUUCUGGACCCUCCUAACAGGAAUGGGGAUUGAGAUUUCUGACUUCUCAAAUGGCGACGAUGAUGAUAGAGAGGAGUUCGAAGACGUAGAGAAUUACAUGGAAACUUGCAUGCCAUCCUCAAAUAAUGCAGCACGCCCAGCAACAGGAGAAGCCUACUCUUUAAAUACGAAAUUGCGUUCUUCGUGUGUCGCGCAUUUAUUACAACUCGUAAUUAAGGACGGACUUUCUGCCUUAAAGGCUGAUGCAGCUGCUGCCGUAAAGAAAGCCGGGAAGAUAGUGUCAUACAUCAGGAAAAGUGUGCUAGACACAGAAAUAGUUGCUAAAGCCGUUGGUUUUCACUUGCCGAACAAAAACUCCACUAGGUGGAAUAGUCAAUACUUAAUGAUUAAAAAAUUGGUCGAAGCCUUUGAAAAAGCUCCUUAUCUGCAAGACACAUUGAAUGCCACAAAAAAGCUCGGAAAGCUGUCAGCUUACGAGCUUUCGGUGUUGAAGGAACUAAUUGCACUACUCAAGCCCUUCAAACAGGCUACAGAUGACUUCCAGGCCGAUUUUGAAUCCAUCGGGAAUGUCAUUCCAGCAUUUAUUGGAUUAAAAACAGCUCUACAACUAACCGUCAAAGACAGGCAUGGUGUUGAUACUCCUAAUCCAGCUAGCAACUUAGCAAAAACAAUCAAACAUUUGAAGAAUGUCGCCGCUGCGCUUGAAAAAUCAUUGGUGUCCCGAUUUUCAUACGUAUUGUAUGAUUCUUACUACGUCUUAGGAGCAGUUCUCGACCCGAGAUUCAAAAAGGGAUGGAUGAAACGUUCAGGGUACACAGAGACAGACAUUAUUCCAGCAGUAAAACGGCAAAUAUCGCAGCGCUAUCGUAACUAUCGUGAAUGUUGUCACCUAGUUACCGAUCAAAAUUCUGCCGACGAAGAAACUACCGGAGCACCAGAAGCUGAAUCUGAUGGCCCAAGACGUGUUCAAGGCUCACGAAAAAGAAAAAACAGUGAGUCCCUGCUUUACUCGUCUGUCCUGGAAGAGCCGCGUUCCCAGUCCGUUGGGCCUGAAACAAUCCUCGAUGAGUUUGAAACAUACAUAAAUGAACCCAACGUUCCUAUGGAGCAGCCCACAAAUCCUCUAGAUCCUGAAAGCAAAAUGGAGAAAACUAGACCCCUACAAUUCUGGAAAGCAAACAGUCACCGCUUUCCAUUUCUCUCAAUUGUUGCGAGGGAUUCACUUGCUGUUCCUGCAUCUUCAGGGUCGAUCGAGCGUUCGUAUAGCACUAGUACCGAUAUACUAUGUGCCAAACGAAACAGAACAAAACCAGAUCUGUUUUCUAACCUCAUGUUUAUCAAAUGCAAUGCGAAAGUGAGCGCUGCUACAAUUAAACUAUAAUAAACUUUUGUUAAUUGGUUUAUUAUAUUUUUUGAUGAAACAUUUCAUUUUCUCGUUUCGUUUCCAUUUCAUCAAUAUGCUCACCAUGUAAUGGAAAAAAUACAGAAAUUUAGCAAACAA